GGAGGAGAGGAAGUGGAGAGGGAGCGUUAAAGAGGGAGGGGGAAGAGAUGAUGCAAAAACUGAAACGCAAUCUGAAUCAUCCCUCCUCAACUUCGUGUGUGCACACACCCAAAAACACACGGAGGAGCACACAUCCUGCCGUUUCCUGUUUGGCUCGUUGCUGCGACCUGGAGUAAAACAUCAUUUCAAGUCAGAGCUGACGUGAAGGCAUGUUCAGAGCUGUGACAGUGCCUGCUUCAUUCACAUGGAGCCAGUGUUGCAUUCUGCGUAUUGGAGUAGAUGACGCCUGUUGAUCAGCGUUUAGAUGCAGCACUGGAGCUGGGUAAGAGGAAGAGGGACUCCUAUGUCAGAGUUUUAGGAUGGCCAGUGAAGGCUCCACUCUUCCCAGUCCUGUUGUCCGCCAGAUCGACAAGCAGUUCUUGAUCUGCAGCAUAUGUCUGGACCGCUACGAAAACCCCAAAGUACUGCCCUGCCUACACACCUUCUGUGAGAGGUGCCUGCAGAAUUACAUCCCGGCCCACAGCCUCACUUUGUCGUGCCCCGUGUGCCGCCAGACCUCGAUCCUGCCGGAGAAAGGUGUGGCGGCAUUGCAGAAUAACUUCUUCAUCACCAACCUGAUGGACGUGUUGCAGCGAGCGCCGGACAGCUGCAGCCAGGAGGCCGCCGCUCUCAACAACAUCACCACUGUGGCUGCAGCACAACUGCUCACCUGCCCCAACCAUGGAGGCAACGUCAUGGAGUUUUACUGUCCACCUUGUGAGACGGCCAUGUGUCAGGAGUGUACGAGUGGGGAACAUGGAGAACAUCCAACCGUGCCUCUUAAAGACGUAGUGGAACAACACAAGGCCUCAUUACAAGACCAGCUAAACUCCGUCAAGAAGAGGUUGCCAGAGAUUGACUCUGCGCUGCAGAUGCUGUCAGAGAUCCUGCAGCAGCUGACCAAUCAAAAGAGCUCCAUUGAGGACGACAUCCACACUACCUUUGAUGAGUUGCAGAAGACUCUGAAUGUCCGCAAGAGCGUUUUACUGAUGGAGCUGGAGGUCAACUACGGCCUCAAGCAGAAGGUGCUCCAAGCCCAGCUGGAUACUCUGAUGCAGGGCCAGGAGGGCAUCAACAGCAGCUGUAACUUCACGGAGCAGGCUCUGAGCCACGGCACGGAGGCCGAGGUGCUGCUGGUGAAGAAGCAGAUGAGCGAGCGUCUCAUCGAGCUGGCCAGCCAGGAGCUUCCUCUGCAGCCCGGAGAGAACGACCAGCUGGACUUCAUCGUGGAGACUGAUGGGCUAAAGAAGUCCAUCCACAACCUGGGCACUAUUGUGACGACUAACGCAGUGGCUUCUGAGACUGUGGCGACUGGUGAAGGGUUACGUCACUGUGUGGUGGGCGUCCCUACUUCCAUCACCAUAACCACUAAGGACAAAGACGGAGAGUUGUGUAAGAUGGGCAACGCCGUCAUCAAAGCUGAAAUGUCCUCAACUGAUGGAAGCAAAGGUGAAGGGGAGAUACUGGACAACAAGAAUGGCACUUAUGAGUACCUGUUCUCAGCUCCUAAAGAGGGGACUUGUAAUUUAUCACUGCGUUUAUACGAUCAACACAUUAAAGGGAGUCCCUUUAAGAUAAAGGCCACCAAAUCCAUAGAUGUGUCGCAAAGUUCAGACAGCGUGAAGAAGAGGCUGAAGUCUCCGGGCAGCAGCCACAUCAAGCAGAAGGCCAUCAAGAGGCCGGCCAGUAUGUACAGCACAGGGCGGAGGAAAGAAAACCCCAUCGAAGACGACCUCAUCUUCAGAAUAGGCACAAAAGGAAGAAACAAAGGGGAGUUCACUAACCUGCAGGGCGUGUCUACCUCUGCUCUGGGGAAGGUGCUGAUAGCCGACAGCAACAACCAGUGUGUGCAGAUUUUCACAAAUGAUGGCCAGUUCAAAAGUCGUUUUGGUGUCCGCGGCCGGACUCCGGGUCAGCUGCAGCGACCAACGGGAGUGGCCAUCCACCCGAACGGUGACAUCAUCAUCGCAGACUACGACAACAAAUGGGUCAGCAUCUUUUCAAGUGAAGGCAAGUUUAAGAACAAGAUUGGCUCCGGGAAGCUGAUGGGCCCUAAAGGCGUGUCGGUGGACAAGAACGGUCACAUCAUCGUGGUCGACAACAAGGCCUGCUGCAUCUUCAUCUUUCAGGUCAACGGCAAGCUGGUCACCAAGUUUGGUAACCGUGGCAAUGGUGACCGGCAGUUUGCAGGUACACUCAACGGGCCACAUUUUGCUGCUGUCAACAACAACAAUGAAAUCAUUGUGACAGAUUUCCACAACCAUUCAGUCAAGGUGUUCAACACUGAAGGAGAGUUCUUGCUGAAGUUUGGUUCUAAUGGGGAGGGCAACGGCCAGUUCAACGCCCCCACAGGAGUGGCAGUGGAUGUCAAUGGAAACAUCAUCGUGGCAGACUGGGGCAACAGCAGGAUACAGGUGUUUGAUGGCAGCGGUUCGUUCCUGUCUUACAUCAACACAUCAGCCGACCCUCUGUAUGGCCCCCAGGGACUUGCUCUCACCUCUGAUGGACAUGUUGUGGUUGCAGAUUCUGGGAACCACUGCUUCAAAGUCUACCGCUACCUGCAGUAGCCCUUCUCUCUCAGUGCACAAAACUGUACAGUGUACAUAAACACACAGGCAUUCAUUAGUGUAGAGAGCGACCAGCAGAUUUGCACUUACCUAUUCAUCCCUGAACCGUGCUGUCGUUGUGCCAUCUGUGUGAAUGCAGCAUCCUGUUUGACCUUCAAUGCUGAAGUAAAAUAAUUAUUUGUGAGGAGCCAAUAUAUUCACCUUAGGCUGCUGCUGAUUUAAAAAAAAUAAUAAUUUUAGGAUAUUUUUUGAGGGCUUUUUGCCUUUAAUCGGAUAGGACAGUGGAGAGUGAAAGGAAAGUGGGAGAGAGAGUCGGGGUGGGAUCCGGAAAGGACCACGGGUCAGAAAUCGAACCUGGCUCGCCGGCGUACGGUGCAGGUGCCCCAGCCAGUUGCGCCAUGGCCGGGGCCAGGCUGCUGCUGAUUGAUGCUUUGAGGGGUCCUUCAUAAUCUUUUUCACAUUCCAUCUACAUAAAAAUACAACAUUUUAGUAUUGUACAUAUGUUAGACCUUUAAUUUGCUGUGAUAUGGCAGAACAAGUGGAAAAAUAAUGCAAUUGCACUCAGUCCUAAAAAAACUGGUUUGACACUGUGUUGAGUAAGUUGCGAUGUAAAUAUGUAUUUUAGUCACCAGAAAACUAAUGUGAAUUUUAUUUAUAGUGGUGUUCUGUCUAAUGCUCUUAACAGCCCUCACAUCUGGCCUGUUAACUAUAAAGGAGAAAUAUUAUACCUACUAGGUAGAAGGGUAUAUAAAGCAUGAUUAGACAUCGUUGAGCAUGCUGCUUUUAUUAAUAAACACCAGAAAAGCUACUGUGCACAAUAUAUUCAUAUCUUUCAAGCUUGAACGUAACACAAUCACCUAAACAAACUUUUAAUUAUAAUACUUUAUUGAUAUCUGAAAAUUAAGUCAAUGUAACUUGUCAUCACUUAAAAGCACUCACAUGUUGUUAUUACAGUAUGCUGGUAACUUCUGUUAAAUAGUUUUUCUAACAAAAACACAUACAGUACUAUGGUGUGUUUGUGUGAUUGUGUUGUGAUCAAUUAAGGUACAAAACAAAAGUCACUUGACAUGUUGAGUUACAAAUCUGCUGUGAUUAUGUGCAAACAUAAUUUAGUUUAUUGCAGAAUUUGAGUAAAUAACAAAAAAAUGUUUAGAUAGACUCAGUCCUCAGAUGCAUCAAUGAAAAUGAUUGCUCAUAAUGUUGCAAUAAUCAGGUUUUAUUAAAUAUAACAUCCUUAAGCAGGGCUGCGGUCGUUCUAAAACCACUAACACAUAGUAGUAAAAACAAUUUGAACUUAAAAAAAAGAAGCAAUACUUAUUCCAACAGUUUUGGUGUAUGUUGUACAGAAUGCACUGUGCUCCUACAAGAAAGCAUUAGUCAAAAUGUGUUUGUCCUGAAGCACAGUUUUCAUUACUUGUUAUCCUGAAUUUAGUUAUCCAUUUUCUACAAAAUCCUGUUAAAUUAUUUGUUGUCCUUUGUCUUGUUUUUAUUUGUAAUGCCAAAUGGAAUUAAAGUGCCCAUAGGAGAGAA